AUGAAAGGAAGGAAAGGAAGAUUUACUAACGACAGAGCCCUAGUGUUUGCAGAGGAGGAGGGAACUGUAUAUGGACAAAUAAUAUGUCCUCUGGGGCAAGGGCAGUUUAAGGUGAGUUGUUCGGAUGGGGUUUACAGAACAGCAAAGGUUCGUGGGAGAGACUACAGGCGAGUUAGAAUGAUGCCGGGUGAUAUAGUUCUUCUGCGGGUCAGAGAUGGCGACGAGAAAAGAGCCGAUAUCGACAGGAAGUAUAUGCCAAAGGAAAUAAAGAUAUUGAAAGAAGACGGAGAAAUAAAUGACGAUACAUUUGCUGCUAACGAUGGAGGCAGCGGACUUGUUGAGUUCGAAGAGCUUCUUUAG